CUCACUAAAUCUAGGGACUUUGUUGCUAGCACGCUGUCAAAACUCAAAAUGUCAAUCUAUCAAAUUGUUUGAAUUUAAACAUUUUCGUACAAUUUUAGCCACUAGCAAAAAUGUCUCUUUCGCAGAAACACUCCGGAAAAGUCCUAGUCCCCUGGUUCAACAUCUCUGAAUGGAAGCUCGUCUACAACUUGAUUUACUCCGAGAACUCGCGCGACUGGCCCAAGGCGCUGCAAAUUCUGAAAAUCUGGAAGCACCGCACCCCUCUCCUGUCCGCAGGCGUCGAAGGGACCCUAAUCGUCCUCGAGGCGCUUCUGGUAAACACCAGCCAGUUGUCCGCCUACGAAAGCAGCCACAUUUUCUCGACGUCGCUGGUCCGAUUCUUGAACUUGUGUGCUGCUAAUAGCGAAAAGCAGGGCACGUUUUAUAAGACGGCUAUGCAGAAUGAGCUUCCGAAUUGGCUGGUGAGCAUCCGGCAUGAUAUUGCGCACAGUCAUAAAGUGCCGUCGUUGUCUAUGCUGGAGAUGAGUUUGAAGUUUUGUUUGGAGUGGUUGAAAGAGAAGUAUUGGGGUGUUCAGGGUGACAAUAUGGUGGAUUUUGUGGUGGAGGAAGGAGACAGUGUUGUAGUGGAAGAUUGUGUGUUUAUACAUAGUCAUUUGAAUGGGGGCGAAAUUAACGAGAAUAAUCGCCGGUUGAUGAAGAGGGUUAGUAAAUUUGUGGGGGAUAGGGGUGAAGUUAGUGACGUAAUAGAGAGGGUGGAUGAGGCACUACGAAAUGAGUUUAAAGUUAAUAGGGAGAAAAGUUCUGACAAAAUUUGCAAAUUGUUGAUAGACAGCUUGAGGAUAUUGAAUACUGAAUGUGAAGAGGAUGACUCAGGUUCUAAAAACAUUCCAACGCAGUUUGUAAAUAAGUGGACGAAUUUAUUAAACAUUGUUCUUGAAGGAGAAAUAUUACCUAAUUUUGUGACUAGUCUGUUUAAAUUUACAGUUGAUAGCACACAUAGUUUUAGUCAUAGAGAGGUCGCUAGUUUGUGGAUAAAAGAAAUUUUUAGUGGUCUUAAGACGCAGAAUUCACAGAGUGGUUUAUCAUUUAGGACACAAAGUGAUUGUAUGAAAAGUAGGACUUUUGUUACGGAAGUUUUAGAGCAUUUGUCUCCAUUUACUCUUAAUUUCCUGCAAGAGGUGCUGGAGUAUAAUGAAGCUCCCACUAGUUUUAUUGAAGAUUCAGUGUGUUUGGUUUCAGCCUUUAACACAUGUAGUAGAUCGAGUGGUGACAAAAUUUACACUAUUGAUGAUUUAGGUAUCAUUGAAGAGAAUUUAGGAGGUGAUACAAUGGAAAUUCAACCUAGCAUACAAACAAAGUCACGAUGGGUAUUAAUUGAAGAUACUUCGCCGUAUAUGAAUCUGCCUUUAGGAAUUUUACCUCAUCAGGACCCAAAUAUAAAUCCUCUACUUACCGUUUAACAUAAAAAACAUUUUUUUAAGUCAAAAAUAAACUUUGUUACACGA